UACUUAUAACAUAAAUAACAAACGCGUUUAUCCACUGAACUACUUUGUAUAAUUUUGCUACGAUCUUCUACGUUUUAGUUUUUUAGUAAUCCUUACUACUUUACAUUUAAUAAAAUGGCUCUCUGUGCUUGCAAAUGCUUAAAUGUAAUGCUAGAAAGUGAUUAUGUAGAAGAAAUAUUUGAUAUCGGAAAACUGGAAUUAUCUUUGACGGAACAAAGGGAUAUUUUUUUCAGUGAGGAGUUGCUGUCAUGCUCUUUAAGCUCUUUAAAAAGUCAUGUGGUGCAGCCAGCUUUGAUCAGCCACCGUGUUGUAGGCAGCUAUACUAUUGAAUCAUGUCUUGCCUGUGAACAAAGUACACAUGCUAUAUCUUGUGAAAAAAAUAAUGUUCUAAUUGUAAAAUCUACUCAAACUUCAUUGGAACACAUAAAUAAUUUAAAAAAGUCUGAAAAUUUCUCACCAGUAUUUAAUGUAUUAGUGCCAGACUUAAAUAAUGACAUUGAAAUGAAAGAGAAUGUAGACACAAGUAAUCAAUUAAUGUUUGAUAAAAAUGGCUGCUCCCCGUCUAUUCAAGUGAUAGGAUCUCUAAGGAAGCAACUAAACCAAACAUUACAAUCUCAAUUAGAAGCUAUAGAAGAAACCGUAAGACAAUUCAGAGAUCAAAAAUAUGCAGAAUAUGAAGCUUACAGACAACGCGCUCAAAGAGAUCAUAAAAUUUUAGCUAGUAUUGUAAGUAAGAAACACAGCAAUGUUGAAAAAGAUAGUUGGGCAAAUAAUGGUAGCUUAGAUAAUGGACCUCCCUCACCUCUCCUUCCACCACUGCAAAGAAGGAGAUUAUCUUCAAUCAAAGAUGCAAAAAAAUUCAAUCAAAAUGUUAAGACAAAUGCUCAAAUACCACAUGAAGAAGAUUCAUUAGAUGCCGAAGAUAUAUUCGACCUAGAAGGAACGGAUUCAAGGAACUACAUGGCAUCUGAUCAAGAUGAUUAUGACUCCGAUCAAGAAAGCAACGUCGAAGGGAUACACAUCGUGAGAGCUCGCGGUGCCGCGGCCGGGGACAUAGCUCGCUCUCUUCCUAUAAACAUGCCCAACCACCCCAUGGAGCGACCCACGGUUAGGGAACUAGAUGAUUAUGAGGAGACACAAGACAUCGCGGCCAGCAUCAAGGCGCUCGCGCGGUCCGUGCACGGCGACGUGUUCGAGCUGCCGCGCCCGCGCUUCUCCACGCAGAUCUAGCGCCGCCGCCGCUAGCGACUCUACGCGACACUAGCUUCAAUAUUAUUGUACGAGGGUAUUGAAGCGAUUGGCCACUGGGAUACCGUGAUUGAACCAAGUUAACACAUAUGAGUAAUAAUGUAGCUUUCAAGCAGUGUUGUGUGACCAGAGCUCCUGGGGGGGGAUUGGAGGUUGGGUCGGCAAUAAACUUGCGAUGCUUCUAGCGUUGCAGGCGUCUAUAAGCUACGGUAAUAACUUACCAUCAGGUGAGCCGUAUGCUUGUUUGCCGAUCUAGUUGCAUAUAUAAAACGUAUAUUAACUUGAAGUUUAACUAUCGUUUAAUAGCUUGGUCAUGUAGAGUCGACUAUUGGUAUUGACAGUCUCGGGCACUAGGCUGACCGUAAAUUAUCAGACGUGAGUGUUAACAAAUUUUCUAAUACGACUAGACAACAUUUCGAUAAACACAAGAAGUAAGCAGAAAAGAAUCCUUAUUUAGACAUUCUUCUCAGAAAAAAAAUUGUUUUCGAAAAAAAUAUUCUAUUGCGUAUGAGCAAUUUUGCAGUACAAAGUGUUUGGUUGAACCGUGCCUUCAGAUUUGCAAUAAAAAAAUCUAGCAGAAAUUUCUGAUCAUGUGCGGGGUCUUCGAGGACGUGUGCGACGAUUCGACAAACUCGAGUCGAGGUUUAUACUGCCCACACAUUGGUGCUUCUAAAAUGUGAUCGGUGACCCUAAUACAUACAUACAGACAGCAACAUAUUUACUAUGAAACUACUACCGGCAGUUAACGUCGGUAGUUUUACGAUGUGAUCGACGUGCCAUGAACCGUGGUCGGCCGGUUACGUAGAGUUCUAGCUUUAUUUAAUCAUAGAUGUGUAGUUUUAUUCGUACGACAUAUUCAGGUUUAAGAUAAUAAUAAAAUUAAAAUGUGGUUGUAAUCUUGUAAGCUUCCAUAAAACAUAUAUAAGAACUAAUGUAGUACGCGAGUAAGAGGCUAUGGAUGUUAUUAAUGGCAGAGUAAAAUAACUAAUAAACCAAAAACUUUGUUACAAGUGAGGGUGCGCCGUCCUCGCGUAAAAGAACUGAUUCGUUUUAGUGACGUUUGAAAAACGUAUUUGUAAAAUAUAAUUAUCAUGUUGUUUGUUAAAGCACUAUCGUGAUAAUUAUCAAUUUAAUACAUGACACAUUACCCCUCCUAAGAUGAACCUUGCCCUAUAAGAAAGCUGUAAAAAGGAUAAUCAAGAUUAUUUUUUAUAAUAAAUUCAGUUUUCUUAAUUUUAAAUAAAAUUAUUGUUUGAA